GUUAUGUUGGCUGCUGUGGGCAACAGCUGACUGUCAAACAAGUGUGGAGAAUUUGAAUUUAUGUUUAGCCCGGUGGGAUUGAAUUAGGUGAUCCCGAUGGUGUUUGUUUGUAGUAGAUGAUAGCUUUCCAUACGCAUCAUAUGACUGCAGCUGCAGCGCAAGUGAAAGAAAUGCCUCCAUUACGUGGUCUCCAAAAAACUUCAGUUCUAGCAGACAUUAGCAAUAAAUCGCGCCCUCUCAACACGGAAGUUGACCCGAGGCUGCCACUCAAGCCAUCAAAUGCAAUAAGGAAACCUUUAAAAGAUGUGGAAAAUGAAGUUUUGGGCUUGACACAAGCAUUAAAUAGGGUUCCCAUAAAUGAGGCAACUUUGAAGCAUGCAGAUAAAAACUGGCUGCAUGAUAAAGAACAGACUUCUUAUUCAUCAACUCUGUAUAACAUACAGGAUAUAGAUGAAGAAUCUGCAAAUGACGUAAUUUUUCUUGGAGAAUAUGCAAAAGAUAUUUUUGAAUAUCUCAGAGCACUUGAGGUAAAAUACCCGUUGAGGCCAAAUUUCCUAUGUGGCACAAUGACUCCUCAGAUGCGAUUAGUCCUAGUGGACUGGUUAUUUGAGGUACAGGUUCAGUUUUCUUUACUAUCAGAGACUAUUUUGCUGGCAGUAGCUAUCAUAGAUAGAUACUUACAGAAAGUGCAUGUAAUGGACAAAAAGAAGAUACAGUUACUUGGUGCAGCUUCACUGUUAUUGGCCAGCAAGUACGAAGAAAUAUACCCACCCGAGAUAAGCAGUUUUGUGUAUAUUUGCAGUAAUUUGUAUACAAAAAAUGAAAUACUGCAAAUGGAAAUGCAGAUCAUGAGGACCAUCAGUUUCUUUGUUGGUUAUCCAUUGAGUGUCCACUUCCUUCGUCGGUACAGCAAGGCAUCUUCUCCGGACGAGGUAACAUACACUUUAGCAAAGUACUUCCAAGAAAUGUGUUUACUGGAUUAUGAGCUGUGUCACUUUGCUCCAUCAUGUCUUGCAGCUGCAGCUCUAUAUCUUGCACUCUGGCUGAGGAGAAAAAAUGAACAUGUCUGGUCAGAAACGCUCAUCUAUUACUCGCAGUACAAACUGAAAGACAUAGCAUAUAUUUCAAAAAAAAUUGCAUUUGCAGUCAUAAGCAUUGAAAGUUCAAAAUAUCAGGUAUUAUAUGAGAAGUAUUCGAGCAGCGUGUUCCUGAAAGUAAGCAGUCUUCCUGAAGUAACACCAGUCUACUUGAAGAGGAUUAUAAAACUUCUGUGAUAGUGUUAAACACACGGUGUAAUUUUUGUGACAGAUCUUGUAUGUAGUAAGAUACUGAACAUUUUAUAUAGUUAACUUUGAAAUAAUACAGUUAAUUUGUCAAUUUUGUUCUGAUUGUAAAUGUAGCCUAGCUACAAACAUUGCCAACUCCAUUUCAUAAAAUUUUUCAGGAGAGGCAAAAACUGUUUUGUUUUGUACAUUUGCUACCUGCCUUCAGAGUUGGUUAUUACUGUACAGUUUCUUAGCAAUUAGAACCAUGUUUACAUCAACGUUUUCAUAUGAUCUUACAUAGCUAAGUAGGAAAUGACUGUUGAAAUAUGGUGUUGGCCAUGUUUGUAACUAAGGAAUGGAGUUUGCAGUGUAUGUAACGAACUUUAACUGAACUCUGCAAAUUGCACUAUUCUAACAUCGUAAAAUGCUCAGUAUUGUUAAAAUUUAUUAUAGGUACAUUCAACAAAAACUCAAAACUUCCAGUUUUAUUG